UGUGUCCGGUGUGAGAGGUCGCUGCGCCUGCCGGCUUACCUUCCCUCUACCAUACUCCGUUGGUCUCUUUCUGGAUCCUACUGCAAUGGCGGAGCAACAGCAGUUCUACCUCUUACUGGGCAACCUGAUGAGCCCUGACAACAAUGUCAGGAAGCAGUCAGAGGAAACUUAUGACAACAUCCCUGGUCCGACGAAGAUCACAUUUUUGCUGCAGGCAGUUCGCGAUGCAGCCGCUGCAGAGGAGGUCAAGCAGAUGGCGGCAGUGCUGCUGCGGCGUCUCUUCUCGUCCGCCUUCGAGGAGACGUACCCCAGCCUGACGGUGGAGAUGCAGACGGCCAUCAAGACGGAGCUCCUGACCAUCAUCCAGGGCGACGUCGGCUCCAGCAUUCGCAGGAAGGUGUGCGACAUCGCGGCCGAACUCGCACGCAACCUCAUCGACGAUGCUGGCAACAACCAGUGGCCAGAGAUCCUGCGAUUCCUCUUCGACUCUGUGAACUCCCAGAACACCGGCCUGAGGGAAGCUGCGCUGCAUAUAUUUUGGAACUUCCCUGGUAUUUUCGGCAACCAGCAGCAGCAUUACAUGGAGGUGAUCAAGCGCAUGUUGGUCCAGUGCAUGCAAGACCAGGAGAACCCCCAGAUCCGCACUCUGGCUGCCCGGGCCACCGCCUCCUUCGUCCUGUCCAACGAGGGGAACACCGCCCUGCUCAAACAAUUCUCCGACCUGCUGCCCGGCAUCCUUCAGGCGGUCAAUGAGUCGUGUUACCAAGGUGAUGACUCUGUGCUCAAGUCCCUGGUGGAGAUUGCAGACACGGCGCCCAAGUACCUGCGCCCACACCUGGAACCCACCCUGCAGCUCAGCCUCAAGCUCUGCGGAGACACCAACCUAAGCAACACACAGAGGCAGCUGGCUCUGGAGGUCAUCGUCACCCUGUCUGAAACAGCCGCCGCCAUGCUGAGGAAGCACACUAACAUCGUAGCAUCGAGCGUCCCUCAGAUGCUGGCCAUGAUGGUGGAUUUGGAGGAGGAUGAGGAGUGGGCCACUGCAGAUGAGCUGGAGGAUGAUGACUUUGACAGUAACGCAGUGGCUGGUGAGAGCGCUCUGGACAGGAUUGCGUGCGGCCUGGGAGGGAAGACGGUGCUGCCCAUGAUCAAACAGCAUAUCAUGGAGAUGCUUCAGAAUCCUGACUGGAAGUAUCGCCACGCUGGGCUCAUGGCCUUGUCUGCCAUUGGAGAGGGAUGCCACCAACAGAUGGAGGCCAUCCUGAAUGAGAUCGUCAGCUUCGUGCUGCUCUAUUGCCGUGACCCUCAUCCCAGAGUUCGCUACGCCGCCUGCAAUGCCAUUGGCCAGAUGGCCACUGAUUUCGCCCCCACCUUCCAGAAGAAGUUCCAUCAUAAGGUCAUUGAGGAGCUGCUGCGUACCAUGGAGGACCAGACCAAUCCCCGCGUGCAGGCCCACGCAGCGGCCGCGCUCAUCAACUUCACAGAGGACUGCCCCAAGUCCCUGCUCAUCCCCUACCUGGACAGCCUGGUGCAGCACCUGCACGUCAUCAUGGUCGCCAAGCUGCAGGAGCUGAUCCAGAAAGGCACCAAGCUGGUGCUGGAGCAGGUGGUCACGUCCAUCGCCUCGGUGGCCGACACGGCGGAGGAGAAGUUUGUGCCCUACUACGACCACUUCAUGCCCUCCCUCAAGCACAUCGUGGAGAACGCCGUGCAGAAAGAGCUGCGGCUGCUCAGGGGCAAGACCAUUGAGUGCAUCAGCCUCAUCGGAUUGGCCGUCGGCAAGGAGAAGUUCAUGCCUGAUGCCUCAGCAGUAAUGCAGCUGCUCUUGAAGACUCAGACUGACUUCAGUGAUUUGGAAGAUGACGAUCCACAGAUCUCCUACAUGAUCUCUGCGUGGGCUCGCAUGUGUAAGAUCCUGGGCAAAGAGUUCCAGCAGUAUCUGCCCGUUGUCAUGGGCCCCCUGAUGAAGACCGCCUCCAUCAAACCAGAAGUCGCCCUAUUGGACACCCAGGAUAUGGAGAACAUGUCGGAGGAUGAUGGCUGGGAGUUUGUGAAUCUGGGAGAUCAGCAGAGCUUUGGAAUAAAGACUGCCGGUCUGGAGGAGAAGGCCACAGCAUGUCAGAUGCUGGUGUGCUAUGCUAAGGAGCUGAAGGAGGGCUUUGUGGAGUACACGGAGCAGGUGGUCAAGCUGAUGGUCCCUCUGCUGAAGUUCUACUUUCAUGAUGGGGUGCGGGUGGCUGCAGCGGAGUCCAUGCCCCUGCUGCUGGAGUGUGCGCGGGUGCGAGGCCCUGAGUACCUCACCCAGAUGUGGCACUUCAUGUGCGACGCCCUCAUCAAGGCCAUUGGCACCGAGCCGGACUCUGACGUGCUGUCGGAGAUCAUGCACUCCUUUGCCAAGUGCAUCGAGCUGAUGGGAGACGGCUGCCUGAACAACGAGCACUUUGAGGAGCUGGGUGGAAUUCUGAAGGGAAAACUGGAGGAGCACUUUAAAAACCAAGAACUAAGACAAGCCAAACGACAGGAUGAGGACUAUGAUGAGCAAGUGGAGGAGACUUUGCAAGAUGAGGAUGAGAACGACGUUUACAUCCUCACCAAGGUGUCGGACAUUUUGCACUCCCUGUUCAGCAGCUACAAGGAGAAGGUGCUCCCCUGGUUCGAGCAGCUCCUGCAGCUCAUCGUAAAUCUCAUCUGUCCUCACAGGCCGUGGACAGACAGGCAGUGGGGCCUGUGCAUCUUCGACGACGUGGUGGAGCACUGCAGCCCCUCGUCCUUCAAGUAUGCCGAGUACUUCCUGCGGCCCAUGAUGCAGUCGCUGUGUGACACCAGCCCAGAGGUGCGGCAGGCGGCCGCCUACGGCGUGGGAGUCAUGGCCCAGUUCGGAGGAGAGAGCUACAGACCUUUCUGCACAGAGGCAAUGCCCCUCCUGGUAGGAGUCAUCCAGGCCGCGGAGUCCAAAGAGAAGGAGAACGUCAACGCCACAGAAAACUGCAUCUCUGCUGUGGGCAAGAUCAUGAGGUUUAGACCAGAGUGUGUGAACGUCAACGAGGUCCUUCCCCAUUGGCUCUCCUGGCUGCCACUCAACGAGGACAAAGAGGAGGCGGUCCACACCUUCGACUUCCUGUGUGACCUUAUUGAAAGCAAUAAUCCCAUUGUUCUUGGUCCUGACAAUGCCAACCUGCCCAAGAUCUUUGUGAUUAUUGCCAACGGCGUUGCGAGUGAAUCGCUUCGGGGAGAAGACGGAUGCAGCAAAAGACUGGCCAAUGUCGUUCGCCAAGUGCAGGUCUCUGGAGGCUUAUGGACACAGUGUGUCUCCACGCUGGACGAGACGCAGCAGAAGGCCCUGCAAGACCUGCUCAACACCGCCUGAGCGUCAAGCCAUCCCUCUGCCAGCACCCAUAGUGAUUUAAAACGAAAAAACACAUGAUAUCCUAACACUGGGGAUAAAAAAAAACAUCUUCAAAAAGACUGGUCUUUCCCUUUUCAAGCGAUGAACUUGUAGCGUGCGCGCGUGUGUGUGUAUAUAAUCUGGACCUCUGCACCUCUUGCUUGGUCUGAUUAAAAAGAAAAAUCUUAAUCUCACAAGUCUACUCCCAGCUGGAGGCAUCUUCCCAGGUCCCUCUGUGUGUGUAUGCGUACGUGUGUCUGUGAGCGAAUGACUUGUCCAGUCCACCCUUAUGGGUACUUUUGGAUGGGGAGCAGUCCAGAGACCCCCACCCCACCCCACCCCUCCACCCUCCAACCCCCAGUGUUUGGUUUUCUUCUCCUGGAUGAAAUGACCAUAACAAAAUAAGGGGGGAGGGCGAUAAAACAAACUAACAAGGGGUCAUCAUUAUACAUCUUCAUCUUAGUUACAAAAACCCAGAUAAAAAAUAAAAUCAACCCUUUUUACUUUCUGCUCACCCUCCCCUUCACCCAAAACCCGUUACUUGUGUAGUCGUGCUCUGUUUAAAUGCCAUAUUGCGUCUAUGGAUGUAGUCAAACGGGAGCGCUUCCCUACCCCCCCUUUCUGUUGUACGGGCUUUGCACAGCUCAAAACCUGGCAGGAACGGACGUAAAGGGAUCUAAUGUGAUGAAAUUAGACUGUACUGGACUUGGUGCAUGGUGGGUAACCAUUGGGGGCGAGUAAGGGGGGGGGGUUGACCUUGUAGGGAGACCAUCAUGGCUCGCUGUGCUGUCAGGCAGUUUUUUUUGUUUUGUUUUCUUUUUGUAUUUAGGCCUUUUUGUUUGUUUGUCUCCGAGACGGGCAAAAGUCAGAUGUCUGUCAGGAAAUGGCAUCCGUGCUGAUUUGUUUGUUAGUGAAUCUGUGAAACGCUAACAUAAUGUCUUUGGCUUGCUCACCUGGUGACCACGCACAUGAGAAUUCUUAUGGGGAAGGGGUUGGGGAUGAUGUCAUGUCUUGCAGCAUCAUGGAGCUCGGUGUGUAUUGGGUACAACCAACGCCGAUCAAGUAGUUGAUUUACAGAAUAAACUCGAAUGGGCUCUCACUGUAGAUUGGUUCAGCCUGUGGAAACUGUUGAUGUAAAGUAAGGGGUUUGGCACCGCCUGCAGGUUUAUUUUUUUAACCAGCCCGUUGUGUUAUUCAAGCCAGUCUCAAAGGCUUGUCUAUACCCCUUCAUGGACAUCAGAAUAGGAGAUCUUUUGGGGUUCUAUCUUGACCAAUAAAGUUUCUCUUGGGAGUCACA